AUGUCUACUACAAUCCCUGACAAGGACUAUCUCAACAAAGUCUGUGAGGGCCUGCCUCCAGAUCACCCCCUUCGCAACAUCACCACCAAUGCUCAGCCUCAGCGCCAGAAAGUCCUAUAUACCUGUCUCAAUGGAUCUACGAUUGCUUCACCGAGCCUUCCCCAGCUUCUCCAGCAGCAUACCGAGACCGAAGCUCGCAAUCAGAUCGCUGUCUGCUUGGUUGAGAAUAUCUGCCACGAGUGGGUAGCUGCCCUUGGCACGGCGUGGAAUAUCGACCAUACCUUCUUCUUCGGCCAUGCAUCGAAUCCGAUUGGAGAGUCUGUCUGGGAAGCGCUGAUGAAUCCGGGCGGGAAAUGGGAGGAUUGGACUCCCAAUAGAAGCGACCCGACCAUCCACCACAUGGGCCACCUCCACGGCUUCUUUGAGCAUCUGGGAGAAGAUAGCCCGAGGCCUCAAAUAGAUCGGUUCCCUCGACGUCUCCAGCGCCAUCCUCGCUGGGGUCUCCAAGGCAACUCGAAAAUCUCAUACUGUAGGGUCUCACCAUGCCUUUAUCUUAUUCUCACCGAUCUACCACUUCGAAAGUCCACCGAUGUCCAACUUCGCGACAAUCCCCUUCACACUCAUCUCUGCUUCCGCGUCCCGUUCUCUCGAAAUUAUGGAGGACUGGCCAUUCCACAGGAGUACGAUCGACCCGAGUUCUCGGCGCUGGACAUCUUCGUCAAUUUCCUCAACCACGCCUGGCAUUGGCGCAUCCUAUUUGCAGAGCAUUUGCAGAACGGUGCGGUUCAUCCGAUGAUUUUAUCCAACUUCCUUGCAGCAUCCAUGUGGAGGACCAACUUCUUAUCUCUCAAACAAAACAUCCAAUCAAUUGCGUUUAGAGACGUCCGCCGUCCAAGCAUCCUCAUCAACGACCGUCUGCACGACGCGAGGCAAGCACUGGCCGGAUUGCAAGCCGAAGUCCAGUCUGCGAGGAAGUGGAUGCUCACUGAAGACCUGGACGACUUUCUCAAACACAUCCGAAAGGCUCAGCCAACGUCACCGCAUGCCGCGCUGGACCAGGUCUUGGAGGAAGCCGAGCAUCUCUACCAAUUCCUCAUGGACACUUUCCAGCUUCUGAUGGGAUCGAUCAGCGUGCUUGACUCGCAGACCAGUCUUGAAGAGGCCAAGCGAAGCACAACUCUCACACAACUCGCGGCCGUAUAUCUUCCUUUGUCUCUGGCUACAAGUAUCUUCGGCAUGAAUAUCAAGGAGAUCAACGAAUCUCCUCUGUCCGUCUGGGUUGUUUUCGUCGCGCUCGCUAUCUUAGCGGUUGGCACGGUGCUUCUGCUGCUUGGAGCCACUGCUGUCCGAGCAGUCUCUCUCGGUAGAAUGCGACAAUGGGCGAAAAAUCUACACCGGUCCAAAAAGAAGUCUUCUCCUAAGAAUGAUGCAGCUGUAGAAGAGCAAGCCGUGGAGCAGACCAAGUACGGUUGA